AUGAUGUUCAGCCGGGGUUCCCGGGCAAGUACAGUAAGGCACCGCGGCCUCGGCCUAGAACAGCAAAAGGAAUGGAGGGGGGGGGAACGGGAGCGUCAUUCAUCUCUUCAAGAAUGUUUGGAGUCUGUGAAAGAGAAACGGAGGCGCCGCUGGAGGUGGAAACCCUGGGUUGUACUUGUCUGCCUGUCAGGUGCUCUGGUGUACUUCACUAUUACUAAACAAAUACUCGACAAUACGCACCAUGAGAACACUGAGAAACUGCCCAGUGACAACUACCACGAGAAUCUACAAACAACCUCAACUGAUGCACUUUCUUAUAAUGUCAACAUUACUACUGAAUCUACAACAAAAUUUCCCUUGAAUUUGACAAGUGUGAAUAUAUCUCAAGAAAAUAGUUACCCCAAUGUCUUAAAAGGAGGUUCCUAUCAUCCACCGGAUUGCAGAAAUAGAUUCAGGGUUGGAAUCAUCGUACCUUACAGGAAUCGAGAAGAAAACCUGGGUAUUUUCUUAAACAACAUCCAUCCGUUUUUGAUACGACAAAAACUUGAUUACCAAAUAUUUGUCAUUGAGCAGCACGGUAAUGGACCAUUUAACAAAGGUCGUUUGUACAAUGCUGGAUAUAAGGAAAUGAUAAAGUUUAACAAGUUCUUUUGCAUCAUUUUCCACGACUUGGACUUGCUGCCUCUUGACGAUAAUAUAAUGUACAAUUGCCCGACUUUGCCUAGACAUAUGUGUGCCUACGUUAACGACACUGAUAUUCGAAGAGACUAUAAUGUAACAUAUUCUUACAAAUCUUUAUUCGGUGGUGUGGUCUCAAUGACUAUAGACCAGUUUGUGAGAGCCAAUGGUUUCUCCAACUUAUACUUUGGAUGGGGAGCAGAGGAUAACGACAUGUUCUGGAGGCUCCAUGCAGCUGGAUACCCAGUGGUGAGAUAUCAAAAGUCUGUUGGAAUGUACCUCGUGUUACCACACAAACGAGAACCAGCCAAUCCUUUCAGGUUCCAUCUUCUUAGCAGAGCUGUGGAGAGGUACAAAGAAGACGGUCUCACAAACCUGGAAUAUUACGUCGUCUCCACAUAUUUCCGACCUCUUUGCACGCAUAUUGUCGUUGACAUUAACCCCAGGGGUGACAAUAUUACUGCUCUAAACUAUAAAUGGGGAAAAAGUUAUCAUAAAUUCUAA